AUGGAUGUGAAUAAUGAACUUCCUACGAUUAUAACUUCGGAAGUACCCGUGGGUUCGCUUGCAGUUCCCGAUGUCGCGAUUUCAUUUGAUAAUCCAUUUCAUAUUUAUUGUACUUUUACAUGGACGUAUAAUGAGGGUUAUCACAGAACCGAAAAUGAAACUUGUAUAAAUUACGUGACGUCUCCACAAUUUAUUCAAGGGGCAUAUCGAGGAUAUUUUUCUUUAACUGAUAAUUCAACUUUAUUUACUUUCCCUAAAUUAAAUGAAGAACGGUUAGAAAGUCUAGCAUUAACGGUGGUGGUUGAUGAUCCAAAUUUUAAUGCUUCUAAAUUCAACCCCACGCCACCUUAUGCAUUUAUUUUUGAUUCAGAAAAUAAUCCUUUAAAGUUAUCGGAUGGUACAUUAAAUUUAACAGUGUUAAAUGUCUCUCAAUCAACAAAUUAUGAACGAGAGUUAUUAUUUAGUAAUUGGUUUGUAAUGCCAGAUCGAUUGUUAAAUUUCGUACAAUUUACGAAAUAUAAAAGGAAAAGUAUUAUUCCAAGCUGGCGAAGCAAUUUUGGAAUGUUUUUAAAUUACGAAGAUUAUACUUAUAUUAAAGCAUUAUUGAAUCAGAUAUUCCCUCUUGAUAUUGAAGAGGUUCAAACCGAAGAUUAUAUUGGUAUUAUCCAAGUCAGACCAAAUUCAUUUGUUAACGUUAUUGAAACUGAACAAAGGUCUAGAACGUACGUGAGCAUUUUUGGAGUUAUCGGCGGUGCUUGGGGAUUAGCAUCAGCAUUUUUAUUUGGUGCGUCGUCAAUUCAACCAUGGGGAUUUGUUCAAUCACGUUGCUGCGGGAUUAAACGAAAAACGCAAAGCAAAUUAAGAGAUUCAUUAUCGAUUUUACCAUUAAUUGAUUCGUCUUUAUCCGAUCGCAAAAGUAUGGCAAAAGAAAUUACCAUGGGGGAGAUGAUGGAAAAAUUAAAAUCCUUAGAAACUUUAUUAAGAGAGUACGUUAUUGACAUAAAAUACUUACAAAGCAUUGAAAAGCGUAGUAGUAAUAAAGAGAUCUAA